GCGGAGCCGCAGACUCGCCUGCCCGGCCGUGAGUGCGAGAGCUGCGUCCGUUCAAAGCCAAAAUUUGCCUCUUAACAGGCUCUUGCUGGGCGCUUGUCCGGUUCCAAAAACCAUUCCAAAAAGGACUGCAAGUUGACCAAAAAAAGUGCAAUUGAACCUUUGCAAUUUUGGGGUGCCUUUCAGCCUUUCUUAAAAAAAAAAAUCCCAGAAAGUCUCCAAAACCAAAAACCCAGAAAAUCUUCAGCACCAAGGAGGUUGAAGGCAACCCGGUUGGCUUCCUUCCCAAGCAAGGUCUUCCUUCUCAUUUCGCCAUGGUGAUGUUCAAGAAGAUCAAGACCUUCGCCCUGGCCUUCAGCGAGGCUGACAAGGUCUACUCCAGCGGCGAGAAGGUGGCCGGUCGGGUGACGGUGGAAGUGACCGAGGUCACCCGAGUCACCUCGGUCAAAAUCUUGGCUUGCGGGGUGGCCAAGGUCUUGUGGAUCAAAGGACCCCAGCAGUGCAAGCAAGAGAUGGAGUAUCUUCGCUUCGAAGAUGUCCUGGCGCUGGAGGACCAUCCCGUUGAUUCAGAUGGCUCGGUGAUUCUGAGGCCAGGGAACACCUAUGAAUACAAGUUUGGAUUUGAGCUGCCCCAAGGACCUCUUGGUACUACAUUCAAGGGGAAAUAUGGCUGCGUUGAUUAUUGGGUGAAAGCGUUCCUGGAUCGCCCAUCCUUCCCAACUCAAGAGAUAAAGAACCACUUUGAAGUUAUGGAUCAAAUUGACGUCAACACGCCAGACUUGAUGUCGCCUGUCUCUGCCAAGAAGGAAAAGAGAGUGUCCUGUAUGUUCAUUCCUGAUGGUCAUGUGUCUGUUAGCGCCAGGAUUGAUCGCAAAGGGUUCUGUGAAGGUGAUGACAUCUGCAUAAAUGCCGACUUUGAGAACACUUGCUCCCGAAUUGUGGUGCCUAAGGCAGCCAUUAUUGCCAAACACACCUACUUGGCCAAUGGGCAAACCAAGGUCUUCACCCAGAAACUGUCCUGCGUCCGAGGCAACCACAUUGUCUCCGGCAUGUCUGAAACUUGGCGUGGCAAGACUCUCCGGGUCAAGAAAAUCAAGCCGUCAAUCUUGGGCUGCAACAUCUUGCGUGUAGAGUAUUUCCUACAGAUCUACGUCAGUGUCCCAGGUUCCAAGAAGAUCAUCCUGGAGCUGCCCCUCGUCAUUGGCAGCAAGUCCUCCGGCAUCGGCAGCCGUAGCUCCAGCAUGGCCAGCCAGGCUAGCUCUGAGAUGAGCUGGGUGGACCUCAACAUCCCUGAUGCUCCAGAAGCACCUCCCUGCUACCUGGACAUUGUCCCUGAAGAUCACCGCUUGGAGAGUCCCACAACUCCUCUUCUAGAUGAACUGGACAACUCCUUUGACAGUCCUAUCUACAUGUAUGCACCGGAGUUCAAGUUCAUGCCCCCACCAACUUACACAGAGGUGGAUCCUUGUAUUGCCAACAACAACAUUCAGUGAUCACCAGCUAAAGCAAGCAACUUUCCAUAGUUGUCUUCUCCAGCCUUUUCUGGACUCGUUUAAGAAUUGCACUCACAGAUUGCACCAGGUGGAAAAUUCCUGAAUUUUCUUCAGAAAAAAAAAGGAAGACUUCAUGGUGGCAGGACACUUCGCUGUCUUGUAGGGAAGAUUACAGCCAUCAGCAAGGAGUAGAAUGCUGGGCUGUGUUCCUUUAAUGCCUUCUGUCCAGAGAGACUCGGCGUAGGUUAAGAGAAGCCUCUAGUGCCAGAGGUGGGUCUUGGCUUCUCUACUCCCUCCUCGAAAAAGCUUUAAGAACUGAACCCCACAGAUCAUCAAAUGCUGAAAUAAACUGUUGAAAAUAAAACUUUGGGGUAGGAGCAGAUGGAAGUUCUAGAGUGGAGUUCUAGCAUGUGAUGCUUUCCCGUAGAAACGGGGAAACCAACACGAUAAUGAUUUAGGGGAAAUAAAGAUAAACAAAAUGUGGCUGUGUAUGCCACAGAUAGGUGUAUCCAUAACUUUUGUAUCAGUGAUCAAAAGCAUUUUGAAGUUUAUGAUCUAGCUACAGACAUUGCGGGCAGAGUGUGGGUUAUGUCUGACUUUCAAUAUUAAAACAAGCAUUUUUUUUCUAGUAUGUGUUGCUUUCUGAACAAAUUGUUUUUUGAAAAUUUAACACUUCAGUCUUGUGGGGGGGCUUUUAUGUGUGGCAGAAGAGUUGUUGGGAUGUUCUGUAGGUGGUGUUAGAUGUUGGAUUGUCAUGUUGGUGCUAGAUGAAGAAGGGAAGAGGUAAAAAUAGAAAAAAAUGUAUCGGGUUGAUAUGUCUUGCUGUUUUAUACUACCAAAUACUCCAGGAGGAUGAGAGCGCAGCCUCGAGAAGAGACAGGCUCCUAUUUCUGAGAAGUUUUUGUAUGUUCUUUAUGUUUUCUCGUCUAACAAGCAUCUUGGACACUUACAAAUGUAGCUUUCAAAAGUGAGCAGUUGUGAAAGACUUGCGACUAUUUAUGUAGCACUUGAUGUCCUGAUAUCCUGUAUUUAUGUUUAACUUGGUAUCCUUAGUGUAAACCAAUGUUUUUUGUAAGGGAGAAGAAUCCACUAUGCCUAUUUUCUUAUUGUAUCUCUGGUUUUGUUUUUGUCUUGUAUUCUGUGGACAAACCAGUGCUACGGGGGGAGAGAACAGAGGAGAGCAGCCUCACAUGGUGCAGGGAUUAAACUUGAGGCCUUGAAGGAGGGCAUCUUCUUCGUGCCUUCCUGUUGCACUGAGAACUCAUGCAUUCCCUCGCUGCCUUGGUGUCAAAAACUCCAGCAAUAUCUUAAUGCACUCAACCAAAGAUCUGUGGUGCUGAACAGCUCUUUACAGUAAAAGCCAAACACCUUAUAGCCAUAGCUAAAGGCUGCACAGUGCAAACUGUUUUGUUCCCAAGCUGCUCUUCUGUUAACUGUUUUUCCCCCCUCACCAAACACUGGGUUUAUCCCCCACUGACAGAGUAAAAAAAUGCACUUUUUCAAAAAUGUAUCAAUAGCACUGCAUAUCCAGAGUAUUAACUGAUCCUGGGCUUUGUUACCCCACAAAGUACUGUUGUUAAAAAGAUAUUGCCUAAGCAAUGGUCAGACACCAACUUAAGUGUACUGAUUUUUUUCUACUGUUUUGUUUUCUGUGUAUUUUGCCUUUUGUAUGGGUUUGAAAUUUUAAUUAUAUUUUGUACUGUUGUCCUACAGAAAGCCCCUUUUAGGGGUACUGUUUAUAAUAAACUUUUCAAAACUUAAA